AUGAUAUCAGAUUUCACAUCGCAAGGAAUAUAUUAUUCGUUCAUGGAUACGUCCGCAUCUACAAAUGCUUCAGUGAUUGUCUUUUUGCAUGGCUUAGGCUCAUCUCAAAAUUUUUACUACUCAAUUGCUCAUCAGCUUUCUAAAUCUUACCGUUGCUUAUUAAUUGAUAAUGAUGGUGCAGGAAGAUCACAAUUGACCCAUACCAAGAUCUCAGUUGAAAGUGAUGCAUUGUUAAUCCUAGACAUUUUGAGAAAUCUAGAGUUAGAUGACAAGCCUUUAAUCUUCAUUGGGCAUUCCAUGGCAGGAAUGAUCGUUAAUUUUAUCAAUGCUCAAUUUCAAGAUGUACUAAACAUUAAAAAAAAUGUAUUAAUUAGUCCCCUACAUCCCUUCAUUGAAGCAGAAAAAAUGUUAAAAGAGCGAGUUAAUCUUAUUAGCGCCAAAGGUAAUAUGAUAGACGUCUCGAAUUCGGUCGCUCUGAAUGCAGUAGGGUCUUUAUGUUCAGAUCUAAAAAAAGGAUUUAUUAGAGAACUCGUUUCUAGUCAAAAGCCUGAUUACUACAUUGCCAACUGUGAACUUAUAAUUAGGGAAUUAAAAAGCUCAGGUACUUUUGAAAAUUAUUAUAGGAAAAUUCAAGCACCGACGCUUUUCAUCCUAGGAAACGAGGAUAAAACUGCUCCGUGGGAAAAAUGUGUCGAGGUGAUAGUGAAAAAUAUCAAAGAAAAAAGAGUUGUUUUUCUUACCGGUGUUGGACAUUGGGCGGCAAUUGAAAGGGAUGAUGAAGUUGAAAAAGAAAUAAGUGAGUUUUUAUGA